AUUUGAUUUUGGAAAUACGACGAAAUUAUAUAUUUUUGAAAGUUCUACAAUUUUCUGUACCGAUUUUUUGUGUGAUAGAGGUAUUGUUUGAAAAAAAAAACGAGUGGCAAAUGUGCAGUGUUAGAAUUAAUAAAUCGAGACUACUAUUUUUGUGGUUAUGUUAAACAUAGGUAUAACCAACAUCCAUAUACUUCGUGCAAUGCCUGAACGAGCUCACCACUAACCAAAAAAUGUCAAAAAAUAUCCACGAUUGUAAGCUUUGCCCAUACUUUACCCCAUCAUGGUUUCUCUUGGUAAGCCACGGCAGACGCCACCACUCAACGCCCCCACCCUUCAGAUGCGACCUCCCCAUCGAAAGCUACUACUGCAAAGAUUGCAAUUUCCAGACAAAUCUGAGCCUCCUGUACAAACAACACAAUGAAAACCAUUACAAAAUAAAAACAGAAAACGAAGACGAAAUCGCCAUCCAAAGCUACAAGUGCGAAAAAUGCGAUUUCAAAACCCUAUUCGUGCUUAAGUGGCUUCAACACACCGCUACGUGUUUCGGUAAUGAACACCUUCAGGUUUUAAUAAAUCAUCCCAAAAACGAAAAAACCGCCAAAUUGUACGACUGUAAACAGUGCGGGCGCGUCUUCAAGUGCAACCAAAACCUGAAAAAACACAAAAUUCUGAAACACUCGAACGACGAUGAAGUGUGUUGGCACCACUGUACAAAAUGUUCGUACAAGACGAAAUUAAAAUCAAACUUGCGAAAACAUAUAGAUUUACAACACACAGAGAAUAUUGUGUGGUAUAAGUGUGAAAAGUGUCCACACCAAACCAAGUAUAAAUCGCAUUUAAAAAAGCACGAAAAUGCUGUACAUUUGGACGAACGGGAGAUCAAAUGGUAUAAGUGUGAAAAGUGCCCCUAUAAAGCUAAGUAUAAGUUGUGUAUGAAAAACCACAUAACUGCGCUUCAUUUGGACGAAAAAGAAAUUAAGUGGUACGAAUGCAAUCAGUGCCCAUAUAAAGCUAAAACUCAUUGUGCUUUAAAAGGUCAUUUAAGUUGGCACCACUUGGAUGUUAAAUGGUACGAAUGCAAAAAGUGCCCAUUUAAAACCAAAUACAAGUCGUAUGUAAAAAAGCACAUGAUUACGCGACAUGCGAAUGAAAGUGAUAUCAAAUGGUAUGAGUGUGACAAGUGUCCAUAUAAAGCUAAAGCACUGUCAAAUUUAAAGCAACACGUGAAUUCAUACCAUUCGUCUAGCAAUCACGUUUCAAGCAAUCGCACAAGUGUUGUUAAAUGGUUUCAAUGCAAAUCGUGCCCAUUUAAAACUAAAUAUAAAGGAGUUUUAAAAACACACAUUAACUCACGACAUUUGGACGAACAUGACGUUAAGUGGUACAAAUGUGAAAAGUGCCCGUAUAAAACUAAAUAUAAAUAUUAUAUAAAGCACCACAUAAAUAUGGUGCAUGAAGACGAACGGGAUAUUCAGUGGUACAAAUGUGACAAGUGUUCGUACCAAUCUAAGAACAAAUCGAAUUUAAAUAAACACGUAAACAACCAUGCGGUUGAACAGCAUACCGUAUGGUAUAAGUGUGAAAAGUGCCCAUACAAAACUAAAGUGAUUAGUAAUUUAAUUCAGCACAUAGCUGUGCCGCAUUUUCACGAACACAAUAUUACAUGGUAUCAGUGCAAAGAGUGUCCGUAUAAAAGUAAAUUUACCACUAUAUUAAGGUACCACAUAAACGCCCACCACAUGGACGAAAAAGAUGUCCGAUGGUACGAAUGUGACGAGUGUCCUUACAAAGCCAAAGUUAGUACAACUUUAAGAAACCACGUACGGUCGUGCCAUUUAAACGAAAACGACGUCAAAUGGUACCAAUGUGACCAGUGUUCAUUUAAAGCUAUGGACAAGUCGAGAUUAAACCGUCACAUGAUUGUGCGACAUUUGGACGAACAAGACAUUAAUUGGUACCAAUGCGACAAGUGCCCCUAUAAAGCUAAAGAAAAAUACAUUUUGAAACGACACGUCGUCGUGCAUCAUGUGGACGAAAAGGACAUUAAAUGGUACGAAUGCAAACAGUGCCCGUAUAAAGCUAAGAGAAACAGUUAUUUGAUAAAUCACGUAAACUCACGACAUUUGGAAGACAACGAGAUUAAAUGGUACGAGUGUAAAAAGUGCCCGUAUAAAGCUAAAAAGAAAUUUUACUUGAAAAGCCACAUCAACGUGCGACAUUUGGACGAAAGUGAGAUUCAGUGGUUUGAGUGUAAGAGUUGUCCGUUUAAAGCUAAAAAGAAGGCGGAUUUGAAGACGCAUGUGACGGCUCGGCAUUUGGAUGAGAGUGAGAUUAAGUGGUUCGAGUGCCAGGAUUGUUCGUACAAAGCUAAAAGAAAGUCGAGUUUGAAAAAUCACGUCAAUGAGCGCCAUUUGGAAGAGAAGGAUGUUAAAUGGUUUGAGUGCAAAAUGUGUUCGUAUAAGUCUAAGAGGGGUUCUGAUUUGAAGAAACAUGUUAAUUCGCAACAUCCGGAUCUCUUCUAUCUCCGUGAUCCGGAUGGAGAAAUUGUGUAAUGCUGGAAAAGGGACUGAUUAGAGUGAAUAUUUUCAUUUUUCUGAUUUUUCUUAACAGCUUGUUAUGUGGAAUAAAGUGAUUUUUUUCUGGGUAAACAUUGUGGUUAGAUGUUUAUGUAUAUUCAUAAGCCAAUUUAUAAAUUUGUAAAAAAAAUAUCGUGUGU